CUCAACAUACCUCCACCUCUAAUAAGCUAAACUGCUGCAAAAUGGCCGCGAUUUCUACUCAACCACUGUCUGCUGACUACUUUGUUAAGACGCAUCAAUUUACCAAAACGGUACACCGGGACCAAUACCCUUCGAUAGACCCGGCGUCGCCCAAGCUGUCGCAGAAAGGAAAGACCGUUAUUGUGACUGGCGCUAGCCAAGGCAUAGGCAAGGCUAUUGCUCUUGCAUUUGCGAAAGCAGAUGCAGACCGAAUUGUUAUAGCAAGCCGCAGCGCUGAAAAGCUUGAGGAAACUAAACAAGAGUUGCUCAGGAUAAACCCCAAUGCUGAUGUCUUGGUUGUUCCAACGGAUACUACUUCCGAAGAUAGCGUGAACCACCUAGAAGAGACUGUCAAGUUUGAGUUUGGGAUCCCGGAUGUCCUAAUCAACGGUGCCGGUCUCUGGUCAUCCAUUGAGACAAUUAGAGAGACUAAUCCGAAGGAAUGGUGGGCAGAUUUUGAGGUCAACGUCAAGGGAAGCUACCUUAUGAGCAGAGCAUUUCUCAGGCUGGUCGGUUUAGACAGAGAAGCAACUAUCAUCAACGUUGGUAGCAUUGGCAUGCUCUGGACAAGGCCCGCAGGUACUAGUUACCAAAUUAGCAAAUUGGCUCUGAGUAGGUUGUCGGAAGCUAUUUCUUCGGCAUAUCCCAAAGUCUCUUCGAUCAGCUAUCACCCCGGAAUGACGAUUACCGAUAUGGCAAACAGACAUCCAGAAACACUCCAUUUCUGUGAGGAUACGGUUGAACUCCCUGCCGGCACUGCAGUGUACUUAGCCUCGCCACAGGCGCAAUUCUUGAGCGGGCGAUAUAUGUCUGCUAACUGGGAUGUGGACGAAUUAGAAGCAAGGAAGGAUGAAGUCAUCGAGAAGAACCUAUUGAGGAUAGACUUGAAAGGAGAAUUCGGGAGUGAUCUGUUCAAAUAG